AUGGAUGCUACAAAUGACAAGCCUCAACUAGUCUCUAAGGAGGAGGAGGAGGAGGAGGAGGCCUACUACCAUCGUACCCAGGAUGCGCAACUCCUUGAAGUUAUUGGAGAUUUUGGUCCUUCCAAAAAGUCCAUCUACAGUCUAAGCCUUGCUCUCAGUUACCUUGUGUACAAUGCCAGGGGCAGGCUCAACCCCAAAUUCCACCAUCUCGACAUCGCAAGAGAUCUGCUAGAAAAUGACCCAGAGUUGAAGAUCACGUUGGAAGAAGCGUGGAUGAAGAAAGAGUUCAAGGAUGUAAGGAAUCAAAUGGUCAAGUCGGCUUGGAAUAGGGAAUAUACGGGAGGAAUGCACAGACUUCUCCUCGACAAUAUCAAUGCCAUGACUCAACAUCGUGAUUACGCUGGCUUUGCAGCGAUUGUCCAGAGUUCGGGCACUGGGAAGUCGAGGAUGGUCCACGAACAGGCUAAGCUCGUAUUCACUCUCCCUUUCAAUUUGCGCAAUGAGGGAUACGACGAGUUGUUCGUUACCCCCUAUCCUGAGCCCGACAACAAUGUCCGCCAAUUCCUCAUCGGUUUCCAAGAUGAUUCAAACGCCAGGAAUAACAUAAUCGUUUUUCUAGGCAAAAUAUAUGAGUUGGCCGCCAAACGACUUGGUUCGUUGCUGAACGGUGGCCGAAUGAAGCGCCAAGAAAUUGCAGAGUGUUGGCACGACUACCUUCAGGUUGAAGGAGUGCGUUCAACAUUUUAUCAAGAUGCUAUUGACGCUACCAAGGAAUCCCUGGGCUCGAAUGGUAUGGGGGGUGGCACGCAAGUAACGAUGAACAUGUUUACUGAACUGCUCAAAACCAUCACGGAACACACAACCGAUGAAGCUCCAGAUGAUAAUCACGUGAAGGUUAUACUGUACUUUGAUGAUGCCCACAGAUUAAUACCUUCAUCUGAUAGGUGGCAGCCAGAGAUAAAUGUCCUUGAAGCACUACAGUCAUGUCUGGUUAGCACGUAUACAAGGCAACUUUUUGUCUUGUUCUUGUCGACAGUGUCCCAGCUCGGUGAAUUUGCACCUAUCUUACGCUUGCCCAGUUCUGCACGUACUCGAGGGCCAGGUGUGCUCCAGGCACCGAUAACAGAGCUGCCGUUUGACUGUUCUCCGAACUUGCCAAUCUAUCCUUACCUUUACAAGUUAGACGAUCUUUCAAAAGAUAGGUUUAUGGCUCAAUUCGGUAGACCCCUAACUGAGCAGUCGAAAGAAAUAAUUAUACUGUUGGAUGUGCGGCUCUUGCUUAAUUACCAACAACACCGUGACAUCACUAUCCGUCACGAGGACAACCUGGUGGCGAACCACAUGCGUAUGAUUUACUGUAUCCCAAACACUCGAGACUACCUUCGCUCCAGCUAUUCAUCCGAACCUAUCCUGGCAGAGGCAGCCGCUAAAAACUUGGAGAAGUAUAGCGAGGAAUUUGAAGUGAUUCUGGACGCCCUACAGGAGGCACAUCAAUCGGGUCUGCUAGACAAGGGAGCAAUGGUUGGACUUGUCGCACGCUUGCUGCUCACCUUUGCGUAUGAUCGAGCUAUUAGGGAUAUUUACCCCAAGCCCAGCGGUAGGCCACACUAUAGUCGGGGCGUCAGGUUAAUCGACUUCCUAAAGGCAUUAUUCUGCGAAACCUGGAUCGACGCAAUCAUGCGGUGCACCCCAGACAAUGUGUCUAGUAAAGUCACCUUAGAAGACAUGUUCAAGGAUUCCUACGUUCGUUUCACGCAUUUCGGCAAGGUGACAGACGAGACUGGCACGACGACAGAGCAUGAUCGCCAAGACGUGGACAUCAUGAUUCCUGUCCUCAUGUGGAACAAAGAGCUUUGCGAAUAUGUCAUGACUGCCAUAUGUAUCCAAGUCAAGCAACGCAUCCGCACAGGAGAUCUCAACGCAUACUCGAUUGACCAGCGAGACAUCAACUUAUUUCCUGAAGACUGUAUUUCCAAAGAAACACCUAGGGAGAAGUCUUGUGAGCCAGUGCGUCCUUACAUUAGUCUAAUCCUGGAGCUGGCUUUAGAGCCGCCGCCGCGCAUUCACAGCAAUCUUACCAGAAAGACUGUUUCAAGGACAGGACAGUCGGCUCAGAGUACUGAAGAGGGAGACCCACGUUCUCCUCCCACUAAAAAGUUCAAACCGGACCAUUUAGAUGCCCCUUCAAAGAUAUCCACAGACAAAGGACGGGAGGCUCGCUAUUACCACGACCUUCAUCCUCGUUACAACAUCUUUGCUUACGGCUGCUCGAGUACCGUUUACAAAAAAGUUAAUGAAUCAAUCAGAUAUGCCUUGAUUAGACUUCUUCAUACUCCUAGUUUCCUUGCGGAGCAUCCUCGCGAGGACUCAAGAUCACUCGACGCUGUUCGAAACAUGAAGCCGUUUUGGAGUGCUGGAAGAGCGAGUUAUCACUGGCUUCAAAAUCGAGUAGAGGGCUUCGUCAUUGCGGGCUCCAUGGAGGACACUGAUGCAUUGGCCGCUGACGAUGUGGCUGACCAUGGCGAAGAGACUUGA